GGACCCACGCCCAACUUCUGCGAUUGGAACCAGCUGCUCCCGGCGCAUCGCAUCCGCGAAUUCCAGUGGGCUUGGAUUCAAGGGAACAUCAUUUGGCUGGAGGCUACAUACUGUAUCACCACGUCAGUCGCAUUGAAGGAUUGGGCUCGGGAUGAUCUGUCCUGUAGUGAUGGGAGUUUCAGGCAUGUAACGCAGCGGCUAUGACAAAGCCACCGUCAUGCAAUGCCAUGAGGAUGACCACGAUGAAAGGAGACAUGGCAUCAUCUUAUGAGGCAUGCAUCGCGCGUGUUCUCUCCAGGGAAGUCAAGCCACAUCUGCAAAGCUGACCAUGCUCAACCAGGACGUCCUUGACCAUAUCUUCGAGUGUGAGGUCUUGGCCGGCACGCUUCCUGCCGCAGCCCUCGUUUGCCAAGCAUGGACGCAGCCGGUACAACGUGUCUUGUACAGGGACAUCCUGUUCUCGGUUUCGAAUUACCGACAGCGGGACAACCUCUUCGCUCGAACGAUGCGCACAUCACCUCACCUCCGAGGAUACGUCCGAACACUGCGGCUCAUCACACUGUGGAAUCACUCGCCCAACCCGAACGACAUUGACUGGAUCCGACUCCUACCCGCACAUGGCCUCCGUGAAUUUCAUUGGUUCUGGGUCCGCGGCAAUAUGGUUCCAGCGGUCGUAUGGUAUCCAGCUGUCCGCACUGCACCCCGUGCCCGUUUCCGAGGUCGAUUACAUGACUCAGAGAGGUUGCAGUCGAUUAUCGAUAUGCCACAUCUUCAGUAUCUCACCCUCGAGCUCUCGGGCCGCGAAACGGGCAACCUAGUCGCACCCUUGACGUCUCAGUUGAGGCACCUCAACCUCUACCUCUCUAUCGGGCACGGCUCGAUCAUCGACGCCUUCCUAGCCGCCGUAGGCCCACACUUAGAAUCCUUGCAGCUUACAUGCAACAUGGGGUACGACAGUCUCGAAGACAGGCAACUGAUCUCCGCCAUAGAGAUACAUUGUCUUGGUCUGAGGAAGCUAUACAUCUCCACCAUUCACAUGCGUGACGGUGCUCCCCCAUUCCUGGACGUCCUCGUGCGACAGUACCCUGCCUUGGACUAUCUCCGCUGUGCCGAAGAGACGUACUCUGCUCGAAUGUUCGAACGCCUGCCUCCCACCCUGAUCACCCUGGCGUUCUCGUGCGACAGCGUCUUGUUCAAGCAAGAGGAGGCGCUCCUUACCUACCUUAGUCGCGCCCGUCGCAAUGGCGGCCGCCUUACCUCACUUGUCUUCUACUCAAAGGGAUAUCCAGAGUGCCUAUCCCGCGUCGCGGAGGCAUGUCAUUCUAAUGGGAUCAAGUUCUCUCACCGUUCAGAGGACAGUGGUGGGUUCAGCUGGAACUGACGGUAGAACUCGAGCGUUCAGAUUCUUCUCGAUACAUACGCGGCAUGUCAGGUUUCGCAACGUAUGGAAGCCGUUCAGGUGAUCGCGACUGUCGCAUGAUGGUAGCGCGGAUGCCACGCGUCAUACGCCGGGAUGGAUACAUAUGGACUAAACCCUCGAGCUGCGCAAUAGCGCUUUCAUGUAUCUGAACGACGUCUGUGCAUCAACCCGACGUGAGGG